AUGCCUGAACAACAGAGACUCGCUACCCUCGAUAGUUCUAUCGUCAGCCGCCUCCCGGCCUACUCCCAAUCCCUCUUUGAGGCCAAGACACAAAAGGGCUUGACCUUCGAGGCCAUUGCCCAGCAUCUGGGCCGGAGUGAAGUUGCCGUUGCCGGUUUGUUCUACGGCCAAGUCCAGGCCUCAGCUGAGGAUGUCGACAAGCUCUCUGAAUUGCUCAGUGUUCCCAAGGAAGCCAUUGCUGCGCAGAUGAUGGGAUUCCCUGAUCGCGGCGGGCAGGCCCAUGCCUCCAGUUGA